CCACAGCUACUGCCGGGAGUGGGACUGGGCCAGGGCCCCUCUGCUCCCCCUCAGCCCCAGCAGUGGGGCUGGAAGGAAGAGGGGGAGGUGAUGCUGCACAGGUGCUGUAUUUGUCUUCGUUCUUCAAAAAUCCAGUUUUUAUGAGUGUUAACCUAGGGAAAGCCUAGUGCUACUGCAUUAUGUGUACACUUAGGAAUCCAUCAGAGGAUGGCCUGAAGAGAUUCAUGGUAGAGACUGAAAGUUUAUGAGUUUACUCUGCAGGCACGAAGCCCGUGCUCAGUGUUAGCCUCUGAGGUUGUGCGGACUUCUCUGGGGAUGUGCAGAAGCCAGCAGGAUUUGAGGAAGGAUGGGAUGCAGGGAUGUCUGAUUUAGCAUGGGAGAGGGUUCCAAUAAACGAUUAGUGCUAAACAGCGUAGGCUAAUUAGAGUAGUAGUAGGUUCAACAAAUAUCUAAUUUCUGAGCAUAAGUUGCAAACCUCUCUGUCUCGUUCUCAGGUAAUAAUUAGCUAACGGCUUGAGUGUGUUUUGCAGUGAAACUGUACCGAAAUGGGUCCAUGAAGUUAUUCGGCCGAUAGCAGCAGAACUGGAGUUCUUUAUGCCCCAGCCCUUUGCAGGAGAAAUUCUGGGAAUGUGCAAAGCGCUGGGAAUAAGUCUGGGAGAUGGAGUUCUGCUUAACUUUGCUUAUGAGUCCACAGCGUUCUGUACCAGUAUUGUUGCUCAGGAUGAUAAAGGAAACAUUUACCAUGGUCGGAACCUGGAUUAUGAUUUUGUAGAUAUAUUAAGCAAGAUUACAAUUGAUGUGCAAUUUAUAAAAAGUGGGCAGAUAGCGUAUCAAGGCACCACGUUUCUUGGUUAUGUAGGCUUAUGGACUGGACAAAGCCCGUACAAGUUCACGAUCUCUGGUGAUGAACGAGAGGGUGGUAGAUGGUGGGAAAAUGCAAUAGCUGCUUUUCUGAAUCGAAAUUACCCAGUCAGCUGGCUUGUCCGAGACACCUUGAGCAGAGCAGAGGACUUUCAGUCUGCUGUUCUCAGACUAGCUGGCGUUCCCAUCAUUGCUGAAGUGUACUAUAUUGUAGGAGGCGUAUCGCCCAAAGAAGGCAUGGUCAUAACAAGGAACAGAAGAGGGCCAGUAGACCUCUGGCCUCUCGAUCCUUUAGGUGGAGCGUGGUUUCGUGUGGAGACAAACUAUGACCAUUGGACUACCCCUCCUCCUUUUGAUGAUCGAAGAACUCCAGCCAUCAAAGCUCUCAAUGCCACUGGACAGCAGAAUAUUAAUUUUGAUACACUGUUUCAGUAACACGGUGUAUACCACAGUAAUGAGCGCUGCAUUUCCAGAUAAGUACAGGACGUGGAUCAGAACUGUGAAGUGAAGAGGUG